AUGAACUGGGCUGCCAUUGGAGGUGAGAUUAGCAGUCUCUUUAUACGUAGUGUGGAACAGCCGGAGCAAAUCGUACGUGAAUUUGGACGGCAUAUCGUACACGUACACCCUAAUCGGCGAACGAAACGGAUCAUCACCUCCAUAGAUACGUUUCUCCUGUCCUUGAGAGAUCAAAUCGUCGAACACCUGCACGUCCUGCUCUGUAGCAUUCCUUCGAACUGUGUCGUCUCCGGGGGAGGUGAAAGAGUAAUCGACGUUAGGGUUUCGAGCUGCGUGGAAUUGGAGAGAUGGGGAAGAAGCCGAUGUGAUGAUAUAGAAAAGGACGGAGAGGAAGAUGAGGGAGAGAGUGAAGAGAAUGAGCGGAGAUCGCCGAGAUUUAGUAGCGGCGGCGGCCGGGUGGUGGUUUCUUCCGGUCAUAUUCCGGUGGGUCAGUGGCAUUUAACUGUUGAGCAAGGAAUUUUCAGCUCUGCAGAGUUUGGACUUCUGGACUAUCGAAAAGAUUCUGAUUUCUGA